AUGAAAGCUACGCUUGCGACGCUCCCAACGAGCUUCUUCCGCGCCGUUGACAACCGCGACAUCGACGCAGUCCUCGCACACUUCUCCCCAGACGCGACAUUCACCGUCCAAACAGAUAACGUUACAUACACUGGCGAAUCCGAAAUCCGGGCCAUGUUCACCAAGCUCAUUAAUAGCGCCCAGACCAUAUCGCACGAGGUCACUGGCACAGUUGUCGACCUUGCCCGGGGAAGGAUCGCCACCGAACAGCGGUUUACGGUGCAGUAUGCGGAUGGGACAUCCACUGAGACGUGCAACGGCAGUUUCUUUGAUGUUGGUCAGGAUGGGAAGUUUACGAGAUUUGUUGUUUGGAUGUCGGGGGUGAAUCCUGUGAAAUAA